AUGGCUGCUGUAUCAUUUCUCGAAGAAGGACAGCUUCAGGCGGUCGAAGAGCUCAUCGGUUUCAGGUUUACGAACCGUCAUUGGCUACUUGAGGCUCUUCAAGCAGCAGGUCUUAUCAAUCGCGACAGGAAUAAGAAACUCGCCAUUAUAGGGGACAAGGUUCUUGGCCUGAUUGCCAGCAAUAGCUAUCUUGCGGAACGGGGCUUUUUGAUGGGUCUAGAUCGUUACAUUGUCAAUAACCCGGCCCAGGGUGGCCUUAUCCCAGCUAAGCUCAUGGCUACCACUGUGGAAGCUAUACUUGGUGCCGUUGCCCGCGACAGCGACAGUGACUUGACCGUUGUUGAAAAUGUUGCGGAUGCCCUAGGCCUCUCUUGGUAUCAAUGA